AUGGUUUCUUCGGUUUUCAUCCUCUUUUACUGUGCCCUUGCCACGGCACUCUCCACAGGAGACCCUCGAGAGAAGUGGGGUGGGCAUGGGGGUAGAGGCGAGAUUGGCCACGGUGGUAAUACAAUUGGCAAUGGGAAUGGCGGUGGAAUUAAUGGCAAUGUUGGCAUUGGUGGUGGCGCGGGUACUUGCGAUCCGGCUACUUGUGAUGCCCAGCUGUACCACUACGGCAACAACCACGACCACCGUCUCCAGUACAACUUGUUCCGCUACAGUUACCACGACAGCCACAACUACUUCGACAGCCACAACUACUUCGACAGCCACAUCUACCACGACAGCCACAACUACCACGACAGCCACAACUACCACGACAGCCACAACCACCACGACAACCACCACCACAACUACCGCUACUGUUAUUCCUACUGCUAUCUGCUUCUGCUGUUCCAGUUCUCAACAGCCAUCAAGUAA